AGGUUCUUUAUCAGAGCCCGCAGAGGCACUGCCCUGUGCCUAUCAACGGCCUCCUGGCAUGAAGUGGAGUGGAUUCCUGCCAUUUCUGCUUCUGUCGCCCGAUUGUGAUUGAUCAGGGCAGAUUUUGACUGCACAGGAAAGAGCCAGAAAAGAGUUUCUUGGUCUUCAGAGCCCCAGCCUCUCUGAGCUUCGUCAAGCAGUUCUCUGACUCGUACUCGAGACUCUUUCAUUCUUCGAUUUCUUAGCCACUUGCAUCCUGCAACCUCUCUCGCAACGAACAAUUCCUCAUCACUCCUUGAUUGCUUGCCCCUCUUGAGUCUUUCAAGCAAGAACUGGGCGACAAUCCAUGACCUAGCCCACCAAGAUGCCAAGUUUUAAUGUUUUCGGAGGCGUCACCGGAAGGAACAGUGCAACACUGUUCGAAAUUCGCCUUGAGAAUGAGAUUAUCGUUCUGCGUGGUAGUGAGAGCGAGGCGUCGAGCCAAAUGCUGAAGGGAGUUGUGGUUCUGUGCCUGCCUUCAGCCUUAAAAGUUGAUGAUGUGCAUCUACGAAUGACUGGACAGCUGAAAGUUGGAUGGAACGACCAACGGAUUACUCCGACAGGCAUCUCCAACAAUCGAGUCGACAAAGCGACCGAAAUAUUCACUUACAAAUGGGCUCCAUUUGUCGGUGGUGGUGCCCCAGGCUCCUCAUCAAGAGGCACACUCCUACCUUCCGGGAAUUACGAGUGGCCUUUCGAGCUCGUUAUACCAGGUGGAAUGGCUGAGAGCGUGGAAGGUCUGCAAGAAAGUCAUAUCAUGUACAAAUUGAAGGCUACUGUGGCCCGGGGUAAACUGGCAUACGACUUACACGCCCACAAGCCAGUUCGGAUUGUCCGAACAUUAGAUCCGUCGGCUUUGGAGCUGGCACACGCGAUGACGGUGGAAAACGUGUGGCCGAAUAAGAUCGAAUACCAGCUCGUAAUACCCCAAAAAGCUAUUAUAUUUGGGACAGCGAUCGAUGUCGAAAUGAGAUUUACAUCAUUAUUGAAAGGGCUAAGAAUCGGCAAUAUCAAAUGCCAGCUUAUCGAGGCCCAGGAAUUUACAAUCGCAGGGUCCACAGCAAAUUCGGAGAGAUUUUGGAAACACCAGAGAGAUAUCGAUACCUGGACUUUCAAACUGAAUGAUGAGGACCAUUACCAUGAUAUGUUAGAUGACAGUGGCCAAGAUGGCUAUACUCUCCACGAGAAGAUGCCAUUACCGAAGAAGCUGAGUAAGUGUUUACAGGAUGUGGAUGUGCAUGGGAUCAAAAUUCGGCAUAAAGUCAAGUUCAACAUUGCGUUGCACAACCCAGAUGGGCAUGUUUCAGAGCUUCGUGCUACGCUUCCGGUCACCAUUUUCAUCUCCCCUAAUAUGCCUCUUACCUCUGAUGGACGUCUGGUUGACCAGACUCCGAUGAGCACUCAAUCAACCGAUAUUGUGCAGCACGCUCCGCCGCUAUAUGGAGAGCAUGUCCUAGACCAACUUUACGCAGAUGUCGAUCAGAGUGGAAUGAUGACGCCUGCACCGCAGUCAGGGAUGAACACGCCAUUCUACAAUCAUUCACGAACUGGAUCAGCAGAAAACUUGACUGCUCUAACUUCAGGACCCCAUCCAAGUGGAGCCGUGCCGCCGGCAGCACUGUCAUCUAGACUUCAGGACUUGAAUCUCGGGUCCCGAAACAACAGUUUUCGUCAAUUGCAUCAAGGUGGAGACUCCGGAGGGAAUACCCCGCACUCCCAGCCUCACACUGAUGGCGAAGCCGGAUACUUUGACCACUCAGGCUCAAACAGCAAUCCCUUAAGCCGACGCACGAGCGAGGAAGAAGGUGGAGUGUCGAACAUGACCAGUGGACAACACUCUCCUCAGCAUAUUGACUUCUCGGAACUGGGAGACCUGACAAAAGUACCAUCGUACCGAACUGCAGUCCAGACGCCGAUCAGAAGUACUAGUUACAAUAACGCCCUGCCAAACUACGAAGCAGCAGUCUCAGCACCACCCAGUCCAACUCGAACCUUCAGCGGCCCAGCGACACCUGGAUCGGAGACUGGAGAGACCGUGAAUGGACGAAGGAAUCCAUGGUCAACUAUGGGAUUUACGCCAAUCCACCCACCGCCACCCGCGCAUUUAGGGGAUGGAGACGAAAGAAGGAGAUUACAUCUGUUACAGAACAGGGGAAGAGCUUACUAGAGCGGGAGUUUGCUCUAGCUGCAUGCCUCUGAUUGAAUAUUGUGUUGCAUUCAAGGCGUUGGUUUGUUAAGAAUAGAAUGGGUGCAUUGUUAUGGAGUUCAGGCCAGGCAUACAUCCUGAGGGCAAAGGCGUUGCGGCAUUUUGGUCACCCGCAGAAACCGCUUCAACAGAUUCUCAGAGACAGAUUUAA